AUGUCUUGCGAAGUGAAAAUUCUUUCCAGCAUCGAAAACUUGUCGGAAGUGCAAGAACAAUUCGGACUAAUUUCAGAAGAAAACUGGUUGAAUGCAGUUAGCUACUCAUUGUCUCCUGCGGGGGACAUUCUGGCCCUCGGACAUGGAUCAAUAUUGUUGGUGCUAGCAUCCCGCUGGGAUCGUCAACGACAGCUGAACGUCUAUAAAAUGGCCUGGCGAGGGGCGAUCGAUAGUCCCAAUUGCAUCAUCACGAGCGUACUAUGCGCGCCAAUUGUUGGCCAGGGUCAGAGUUCUCAGACAAUGGUUGAUUUUAGUUAUAUUAUAGUGGGCCUGGACGAUGGGCAACUGUUGUUUUACGGCGAAAAUGGGACGCUUAUCCAUUCGCAAAUCUUUCACCAGGAGUCGAUUCAGGCUAUCAAAGCGCAGAGCGGAAAGCAUAUCAACGAAGAGCUGUAUAUAAUGUAUCCAUCAUGUUCUGUAAUAUUGCAAGGAGCGCAAGUAUUUCCGUUGCUCCGCAGCUUGCGGCAGCAAAUAAACCGAUACGGAGUGGGCAGUCCGAAGGUUAAUGAAGCACAGGAAACGAUCGCAUGCCGUAAGUGGAGUUACGAGAAAGGAAUGACGAUCAUGGAUGCCGUGGUUGUUGGACCGCAGAAAAGUUGUACUUUCGAUCAUUUGCUAACGGCCAGCCUGGAGGGUGGCUUUUUUGCUAAGUACCGCCAUGCUGCCCCACAGAAUUCGCUCAUUAUCGCUGCCGGAAGUAAACCGUACGUUGGUUUCCACUACGCCAAGGAAGGGUUCACUCAGCCGGUUUUGGCCGAUGUGGCUCGAGCUGUAGCUAGCAAAAUAAAAUCUGCUCUCCCUUCUUGGCUCGGCGGAGGAGGAUCAUCCACACAGCAACAAACCGCCGUCGAACCACAGCUUCCCCCAUCAGAACCGUUAAUCUGUCGAUUCGGGCUCUGUGAUCAGCAGCGAAAUGCAUUUGCCGUAUGGUUAGCUCCAAAUUAUCAGCUUGCUGCCGUUGCAGACCAUCUUGGUCGCAUCAUUCUAGUUGACUGCCAACGAGGAAUUGCUCAACGCAUUUGGAAGGGAUAUAGGGACGCGCAGUGUGGGUUCGUCGAAGUACCGGAAAAGCUGCCCAAGGAUACGUCAUCCAACGCCGGGGUAGUUCGUAAAACCGAACGCCGAAAGGCACUUUUUCUUGUGAUAUAUGCUCCGCGCCGUUCCGUAUUAGAAGUUUGGUCUCUUCGUUCCGGGGGACCAAAGGUAGCGGCGUUCAGUGCCGCUAAAAAUGGUCAACUGAUCUACAACACGCAUAGUCAAAUGGGGGUUACCAGUGGAGCGAGCAAAAUCAAGUACACUGGUCAUGGAUGCACUUUUCUCGAUCCAUCCGACGGCUGUCUCAAGGAGAUCGUUAUACCUUUCCACUGCGCGUUGAGUGAUUCAAAAUCGAAACUAGCAAAAGAUUUGCAUCUGUUGAAACGGUUGAAAGUAUGCCUUAAAUCGGGUGAUGGAAGCGAGGUAGAAGAGUUGGAAGAAAUUAGCGAUAUGUGCAGGUGUUUCGAAACGGACGAGAUUCGUCUGCAGUGUGUAGAGAUGUUAGCUAAGCAACGCAAAAUUCGGCCGAAACUGUUCGCAGCAGCUAUAGAUAUUUUUGCUGAAGCUGCAGUAGAAGGUUCGACAUUAAGCACUACGAUUGGACCAUCGGAAGCAUCGAUCGUGUUCGAUGAUAACACGGAAGACGAUCUGGAUACCCGGUCGGUAUGCGUGCCGGCAUGCAAAAAUCCGUUGCGCGUAAUGUGUGAGAAUUAUCAGAAGCUAGUUAUGUUUUAUCAGUACCUUCAUGGAGAUAUGCCUGUGAUUGAUGCAGCAGCGCGGAAGCGGAAGGAGACGGACGAGCAAUCUAUCCAUGUUAUAGUGGACGACGAGUCCAAUGUAGAGAAAAAAGACGACCAACAACAAACGAAUGUGAAGCUUUCAGAUCAGGAGCUUACCGUUAUCGAACAACUCAUCGACCUAAUUCGAAUGAACGAUAACGAGGUAGUGCAAACCGGACAAAACGGUGUCAUUGGCACAAAUAGUAAUAGUACAUUGCGUGGUGUAAAGUUUGACGAGAGUGUCAGUUCUGGUUCACGAAAUUCUAGCUUUUUGGAUUACCUUUCAUCGUUUAACGUAUCAAACGAGGAUCUGAUUUUGUUACGAGAUGAAUGCAGCGCCAGUGGUCAUGCAGGCUUAGGAAAAAUUAUCUUUGAGAAGCUCUAUCGAACGGAUUCAGCUCGGCUGGCUGGGUUCGUUGAGGCGGCUGAUGCUUGUGGCAUGAUGUCUGAGGAUUUGUUGCGUACGUUUCUCGCCUAUUGGUUACGUUUACCGUUUAACUAUCGCGACAUGGCAACCCUGAUUGACGAUCUAAACCGCUUUAAUGGAGUCCUGCAUCAGAUAUGCUUGUUGGCAAGGGAUAGAAUCCUUUUCGAAAAUAACGCCAUCUGUCUGUGGUGGCAGUCGGUACGGGAGUAUCUGCUUGAGUCCCCAUGUGCUUUACGCGGUCUACUAGCUGCGCUGAUGUGCCGCAAUGAAGCGCUGCGACACGAGUGCCGUCGUCGAAGUGACGAGGACGAAUCGGCCAGUGAGCAGUUUGAACAGGUAUCCCAAGAAGCCUGUCAGUGGAUGUUAUUGAUCUACAAAUUGGAGGACGUUGCAAUAUUGGGAAAAAUUUUAGCUGAAAGUGUACGUUGUAGAAAUCCGCGGUGUCCUAUGUUAAAGUAUCAAAAACCAGUGGUGAGCUUGAAAGAGAUAUUAACCGGUGGAAAAGGCAUAGUGGCUGAAAUGGUUUCAAAAUGGGUUGCGUCUACUGGCAUCGACCCAGCAAUGCUCGUGAUCGAGAUGCCUUUGGAAGCUACGGAAACGGAAGCGAAAACUGGCGAGACAAAAUCGUUAUCACCCGACAAGGAAUCAGAUAAGAGUGACCGUAAAGAACGAAAUCGUCGUUUAGCGCUGAUAAAAGCAAACCUGCUCCUAGCAUCCGAGUAUGGUCCUAACAAGGAGAGUGGGGAACAGGAGGAGUUUGAUCCGGUGCUAUAUAAUUUGAACAUUCUUCGAUUGCACUUCCCAUUCAGUCUCGAUUGCGGUCAACUGCUGGCGCAGCUCGCAUGGGAAUACAUCGGAACGUGGAGCAAAACGAUGGCAAAUGUGGCUUGUCUACAAGCUGGAUUAGCGGCGCUAAAAGCUAUACCCAGACUGCAGUACGCCAUCAAGCAUGGUCUCUGUUGUAUGAUAUGGAACGCACACCUUAAGAUUCCACUGGAAGCCACCAAGAAGUUGGUAAACAAAGUAGGUCGAUUACCUAAGGAGAAGCUUUGCUUGCAGGACAUUGGCAUUAGUGAUUCGCUAGUGCCACAGUUUCUCGAAUGUUGUCUGGAGUUUUUCGAUCAGUUUGCUGGCAGCAUUGAUCACGACAAGCUAGAGCUACGCUUCGAAGAUUUGUUACAGGAUGGUCCGAUCCCUCUGACGGCGCUGGCGGUGCAGCAAGGCUCUGCCAAUAUGGCCCUGUUGCGGUUACACCAGGAGCUAACAAACGUGCUGCUAAUGCUGACGUCCUUCAACGUGCGUUACGCCAACAAACCAAUCCAGCAACUAUUCGACGGCAUGGCGAAUCAGGCAUUCUUUUCUGAAAUCAAUCGUCCGCAAAACACAACCAACGUGCUUCCGAAAGCUGAUCAGUUGCUGCGAAAGACACGAGUUGAAUUCUUGUGUCGCACGGUGACCGCCACGAUGGAUUUGAUUCACGAAGAUUUGGAAAACGUCUUUUACACUGAUCAUAAUAAUUGGAUGGACAGGAUCGAACGACUUGCAAUGGCAUGGGAACUAGAAUUUGGCGAUAUUCGCAAACAUCAGAUCAUCGAAUUAUAUGCCCAUGGAUGGGAUACGUAUGCACAUGAGUUACUCGAAAAUGUUGUCGCAGACCAGACGUUUGCCAACCUGCUGCUCACGAUAGCGGGACGACGGUUGGCGCUGUACAGCAAAACAAAUCCCUCUGCUUGGGGACAGAUUGCUGCAGUCGGGCCUCUUCUCACCGACUAUCUCGAUACGCUAGUAAGCAACAGCAAUUACGGACCACCGCUGCGUUUUGUCGAAACAGACGAAGCCACGCUGGCAACCGCAGCCGGUGGUGAUUUAUUCAUCGAUAAGAUAACCCAGCUGACGGAGAAAGCCUUCAAUUGCCUUUCGAUGCUGGCGGUAAAUUCGAAAGGCACUUCUAAGGAACUACGUGUUGCUGGAUUAAUAUUCGACGCCUGUGCCACGAUCAAAGACCACCGGCAUUAGACAGAAACGGAAGAUGUUGCCCUGCGGUCUAAUAGGCCGCGUGAUGUCCGCUGAGAUUUUGUUUAUUUGUAACACCAUGGCUGUAGCUGCUCACACAAUACCAUAAGUCUUAGUGGAAAUAAGGAUUCUGUGUUUUAGGGCACAUAAUUAUUGCGUAUUUUGUUGCAUGAUUUCUUAAAGGAUAUCGAAAAAUUGAGUUUUUGCAACACGCCAUCUCUAAAAUUUUACGUUCCUUUAGAGUCGAUGAGACGGUUCCGAUUGUGCCCGAUUCAAUUGUAUUGCACAUCUAAGCUGGUCUUCAAACCAAAAUGUUCAUAC